UGCCACGCCCCCUCCAGUACUCAACCGAGAGUUAUGUUAUUCUUUUAAACGUUAAAGCGUGACAGGAGUUACUGUAGAGUCGAUGUAAGCUCACAGCGGAACCCAAGUCUGACAGAAAAGGCAGGAAGACCACCUGACUCGCUGCGAAACGACCUUUACGAGACACGUUUCACUUGUUGCGCACUUGUUAUUUUCUCCCACUGGGACCGAGUUACUUUAAAACAUGCGUCUGUCUGUCUGUCAUCCGCCGAUGUUCUGCCUCUGAGCUCACGGUUUGUCUGGAUUUCUGAAUGCAGCGCGUCUGAAAUAAACAGCUGUGAAAGGCUGUGAUUGAGCUUUAAUAGACGACCAAGCUGAUCAAGAUGAACAUGAUCUCUGCGGAGUCUGUGAGCGGCUGCGGGUCCCACAGAGCCACCGGCGGCUGGAGCUUUCACAUUCUCUACAGUGUCCUCCUCCUGUGGAGCGACGAAAUGCACGGACUCUCCGACUUCUCCAAUUAUUUAUUCAGGAUCAUCAUCAGUCACUCAGCACAUGCCUGUGAUGGUGAGCUUCUGCUGCUUUCUUGCCCACGCCACUCCACCAUCUCUGUGCAGUCUGCCUUUUACAGGCCUCACACACCUCUCACAUACUGCAAUGCACCUACAGCACUGCAGAAGAUGUUAUCAGAAUGCCAAGGCCGGAGAAACUGUCAAGUCUUGGUUAAUUACCGUCUGUUUGGCAGUGACCCCUGUCCUGGAACCACCAAACACCUUCAUGUAUCAUACAGCUGCAAACCUACGGAAAAUAAAAACAGAACCAGAUGUGAGGGAGAUCAAAUGCUUCUUCACUGUAAGUACCCAAAGUUGCUCAACAUCUAUUCGGCCGUGUAUGGGCGGGAACUGGGAGAGAAAGCAGCUUGUCUUACAGAGGAAGAGCAACCACCUCCCUUUGAGUGCUUGUAUCAUGGCGCCCUAGACACAGUAAAAAACUUGUGCUAUGGAAAGCAGCGGUGUCUUAUCAUAAUUAAUGAUCAGCAAUUCAGAAAUCCCUGCACACCUGAAACAAAGAAGUACCUCACUGUUGUCUACUCAUGCGUUCCACAGAGUUUACUCAAAGAGGCUGACCCCAACUUUUUCCAAACUACCACAAUUCCCCAGGAGACCACCAAAGCUAGGAAGCUUCCAGAUGUCAGAGAGUCCAGAUUGCCAGGUAAAAAAGGCAUCCUGGUGAGCAACUCUCUUAUGGCAUAUGGAUACAUUAAAGAACAUCCUGAUAAAGCUGGACUGCUCUUUGUCUCGAGUGUGUGUCUGGGACUGAUCCUUGUCUUGCUGGCCAUCUCUCUGAGGAUAACCUGCACCAGGCAUCUUAAAGGAUUGAGCUGUCUAAACAAGAAGACAGUCACUGUGGAACCAAAAGACAAAGAUGAUGAAGAAGAAGACAGUGAUGAAGAGUCAGAGCCAUUGGUGGACAGCUCAAUGAUGUCAGAGGUGUGCAGGAAAGUGUAUUGUUGGGAAGAGGCAAUAUACACGACUGAGGCAGCUGAACUGAUAGAGAGGCUGGAACGACGAGAGAUGAUCAUCCAGGAGAUCGGGAUGAAUGCAUACCACAAUGGCACUUCCUGUACUCUGCACUGAUACACGCUGGCUGUUUUGCUGGAUAAAAGAAUGAAUACAUGUGAACAUCUCGAAAUCACAAUGUAGAAGGUUGAAGGAGUCCUUGGCUUGCCUGAUCACUGUGUGGUCAUUAAAUAAAUGAUGUAUGGCUUGUGCAUCUUCCACAAUUCAUUGUAUGCCUUUAUUAUUAAAAUGAGUUAUUUAAUACUGAAUAAAAGACAUAACUUUAAUAAA